ACCACAGAUCCCAGAGGCUCCCGGCUGAUGACAGUUAGCCCCCUAGUCCGGAGAUCCAGGCUCCCACUUCCUUGAAACGUGAUGCUUCUGCUUUUCAGUAAAGCGGCUCUUUUCUGCCGGCUUGCAAUAGGAGCUCAGCCGGCGCUGUGUACUUGUACACAAGCGAGAGGGAACGAGCCGGUCAGCUUGCCCAGCAGCCUCUUCUCUCUCUCUCUCUCUUCUUCUCUCGCUCUCUCUCUUUCCUCCCUCCUCUUUCUAACCCUCACUUGCCAAGCUAGGGUCCUGCUUAAUGAUUUUGAGAGAAACACACAGCCCCUGAUUCAGGCUAGCUGAGGGAAAGCAAGCAGGCUUUUUUUGUGUGUGUUUGUGGUCGCUGCACUGGGAAAGGGGAGGAAAAGCGAGAGGCAGCCGGCGGGCGGACGUCCUUGUCCUUGAAAAACUGCACCAGAGAACUCUUUGAGGGAAGCCAGGAUCCAGCGCUGCUCUGCAGAAUGUCCAGCAAGGACCGCCACAUUGAGUCGAGUUGCCCCUCCUACAUAAAGACAGAACCUUCCAGCCCCGCCUCACUGACGGACAGCGUAAAUCACCACAGCCCCGGCGGCUCCUCAGACGCCAGCGGUAGCUACAGCUCCACCAUGAACGGCCAUCAGAACGGUUUGGACUCACCCACUCUUUACGGCCCAACUGGUGCUCUUGGUCCCAGCGGAGCCGGAGCCAAGCGUUACGAGGACUGCUCCAGCACCAUCACAGAGGACUCGCAGAUUAAAUGCGAGUAUAUGCUGAACUCCAUGCCCAAGCGCCUGUGUCUGGUGUGCGGGGACAUCGCCUCUGGCUACCACUACGGCGUUGCCUCCUGCGAGGCCUGCAAGGCCUUUUUCAAGAGGACCAUUCAAGGAAACAUCGAGUACAGCUGCCCCGCCACCAAUGAAUGUGAGAUCACCAAACGCAGAAGGAAGUCCUGCCAAGCCUGCCGCUUCAUGAAGUGUCUGACUGUCGGCAUGAUGCGAGAAGGCGUUCGACUGGACCGUGUGCGCGGUGGAAGACAGAAGUACAAACGCAGGAUAGAUGCAGAAAACAGCCCCUAUUUGAACCCUCAACUGGCUCUGCCGCCCAAAAAGCCAUUCCCCUUUGGCUGCCUUGCAGAUAACAAGAUUGUGUCUCACUUGCUGGUGGCGGAGCCUGAGAAGAUCUACGCCAUGCCUGACCCCACAGUGCCCGACAGCGACAUCAAAGCCCUGACCACGCUCUGCGACCUGGCAGACAGGGAACUGGUGGUCAACAUUGGCUGGGCCAAGCAUAUCCCAGGGUUUUCCACACUUUCGCUGGCGGACCAGAUGAGUCUCUUGCAGAGCGCGUGGAUGGAGAUCCUGAUCCUGCGUGUAGUCUACCGCUCACUGUCUUUUGAGGACAAGCUGGUCUACGCUGAAGACUACAUCAUGGAUGAGGAUCAGUCCAAGCUGGCCGGCCUGCUCGACCUGAAUAACGCCAUUCUUCAGCUGGUGAAGAAAUAUAAGAGCAUGAAGCUGGAGAAGGAGGAGUUCGUCACUCUUAAAGCUAUAGCCCUGGCUAACUCAGAUUCCAUGCAUAUAGAGGACGUGGAAGCUGUGCAGAAACUCCAGGACGUGUUGCACGAGGCCCUGCAGGACUACGAGGCGGGCCAGCAUGCAGAGGACCCGCGCCGGGCCGGCAAGCUGCUCAUGACCCUGCCUCUGCUCCGGCAAACGUCCACCAAGGCAGUGCAGCACUUCUACAGCAUCAAACAGGACGGCAAAGUGCCCAUGCACAAACUGUUUUUGGAGCUGCUGGAGGCCAAGGUCUAACUCCGCCCCCCCGGCCCCGCGUUAUACCGACAGAGAGCUGGAGGGGGUACGUCACUGACUCCGCCCCUUCACCGGGCAGACACUGACUAACUCUCUGCCGCUGUUCAUGAAACCUUUGUCUAUAAACUUUAUCAAAUAAUAACUAAAAACAUAACCGUAAUGGUACUUCUAAUUACUGACAAUGAUACGUAAAUAUAAGAAUGAUUUAAAAUGUGAUUAUUGAGAAAAAUAUGAAGUGGAAAAAAAUGACUGCUCUCAUUAUUCAGCAGUGGGACUUGAAACCAGCCGUUGACUUGUUCUUCUCGAAAAUCUGAUGCUGACUUUUUUUGUGCUUUUGAAACAUUUUGUUGAUUUUCAAAAGAGAAUUACUGGAGCCAAGAAAGACCAGCCCUGCCAAAGGAAGGAGGUCCACCCGAUGGACACCAGCAAGCGAAACUUUCCCCAAACUGUACCGUCCAGCUCCCAUGUUGCUGAAGGAAUCUAGGAAUCGACCCUCUUUACCAUAAGAGUGUGGCGUAGUGACUAUGUGCAGUAUUACAUUAGAGGUCCUCGGAGCAGUUUAGCCAAACGGAGAUUUUCACGUCUUUGAAGAAGCUGCUCCUCACCAUUAUGUAGCCAUGCGGAUUGAUCAUGUGUGUGUCACUCCCUUGUCCUUUUCUUUCAAGUCUUCCAAACACGUCUAGCCUCUUUUAAUGAUUUCAUUUCAAUCUUUUCAGGGAAUAGCCGAAGCUUUAGUCUCUCAUGCAAUACCGAGCAAAGAUGAAUCGCAGUGGUCAAGGAACAGACUCAUUUAUUUAUUGACUUUAUUUUAUUAUGUUUUAUUUGAGUGUAUUUUUACUGUAAUGAAGGAUGUAAAUAUAUGGUAUGGUCAUCAAACACGAUGUUUCUUCAUAUAAUGUUAAUAAUAGAUCGUUAUGUUUUUCUACCGACCGCCGUGUUGCGCGAUUUACGAACCAUGAAGAUGAAAACCUGCUAUCUUCUCUAAGCAAUAGAUGUUUAAAAAGUGGAGGUGUAUAUGUAUGCAAUUUUUGUUUGCUUUUUUUUUUUCUUAGUGCCACACUUACUUGGGAAAAUGAAUUUCCAGAAGCUUUCGCGUUUCUGUCUGUGCUUGUCAUAAGAUGAUAGAUUACAUACAUGAUAUGGCCAGGAGGACCAUAACCAUUAUCUCAAGUCAAUUAUAUAUGCAUAUAUAUUAACGUCAGCCUCGAAAUUCUAUUGACAUUCUUUCAUAAUAAAGCAGUAUUUGAACUUUGUUAAGCAAAAUAGCACUUAGGGAAGACGGAGAAACAUCGUAGAUUUAGUUUCACGAUGGUCCUGAUUUUUUUUCUUUUCUUUUUUUUUUCUUUUUUUUUUUUUAGUGCCAGAGAUAUCAUACACAUGAUGUAAUCUUCUUCCAAAUGACAUUUUUAGCAGAGAGGCUCAAGUAUCAAAGCAAGCGAUCCACAGCCUUCAUCAGAAAUAUGUCAGUAUUAGUAUGGGGUAUUUUCUGAUUAUUCUUAAGCAUUGUAUAUUGUAAAUGAACAGAUUAAAAAUCUAACCUAAGACAUUUUAUUGGAACAGAUCAAAGAAGAAAAAAAAAAAGAAUGAAAAAUUAACAAAAAAAUGUAGUUCAGCUUCUUGGUGUUUCAUGUCUGCUGUGUUUUUCUGAAACAUCUCUGUUUUUUUCCCCUUUCUGUCACACGCAAAAGAUGUAGUGUACUACCCGUGGAGAUUCGGUUUAUCUUCUUUCUUUUUUCUUUUCUAAUUUUAGUUCAUUUUUUAGAGACAGGGUAGGAUUAGAGACAAUACUGGAUGUAUGAAUCCUCAGGAGCAAGAUGAUGGGUUCUCAAAUAACCUUCUGAAAAAAAAAGACUCUUCCUAGUUACCGCAGAUCAACCGAUCAACGAUCAAUAUAAUCUAUGCUGAUAUAUAAGUGAAUAUUUAAAAGGAGGUGCAUUAUAUGUACAAGAGACCAUCUGUGUAACUCCGAUCUUGUAGACUAACACUGUAUAUCAUAGGUUACGAUGAAAAAUAUGCUUUGAAAUAGUACCCUUUUUCUUCCUUUUCCCCUCUUUUUCUGAUUUUCCUUCUCUUAACAAAAUGCUGUACAUAAGGCCUUCAUGCUGAACUCCAUUGGUAUAUAUCUUGACUCUUUAAGGUUGCAAAGGGAAGAAACAUUUUUGUUUGUUUUGGUGUAAGAUCGGUUUUCAAAACUAUCACUUUGACUUUGUGUGCUUAAUAAAAAUGACGGAAAAAAAGAUGAAAGAACAGAUCAUUUUUUAAGACGAACGAGGGUUUUUAGUUGCUUUUCUCAGUCUUGUUCUAUAAAUACACUGUAUCUAUCAUUAGCUAUUCAAAUCUCUUAAUAGAUUGUGCUUUGGAAAGGUUAGUGUAACGUAACUAGAUCUUAUCGCUCAUGGCAACUCAUCAGAUGGUCAAAACAUGGGGUUGGGAGGGAGGGUCUUGCUGUUAAGAAGAUGUUGGCACUCAAAUUUUUCACGUGAUCAACUCCUGGCAGAUGAGGUGCUGUUUUCUCUCUUUAAUUUUUUUUUGUUUCCUUUUCUUUUGUGUUGUCUUUACUCUGAGGUGAUCACGAUGGAAAUGAAGCGAUAUGAAACUAGAUAAGCUUUCUAAUUCUGGUCAGUUUUGUAAGAUUUCAUUAAAAACGAGAGCAAGUGGUCCUGAUCUACACUCAGUCUUUCAGAUAUGCAUUUUUUCCAAGUUGCUUUUAGUGCAGAAAAUGAAAAACGAAAUACUUUUAUGACACGUACUGUGUAAUUUUGGACAAAAAAUGGUACACAGACCUCUCGAACCAUUUAAAGACAAUUUUACUGUCUUUUAACACUCAUCUAUCCAGCAUAGAAAUGAAAGUGUAAUUAAUCCGUACCCACAAUGACUUUUUUUUAGAGAUAUUUUCUUAUUUAAAGCAAUAUGACGGUGCAGUUGUUGUGCAAUGCGAUUCAAUUAGUGAUCAAAUGCUGUAUCUAUUGGACUAUUUUGCAAAUUAUAGGAUUAAGGAUGAACAAAUGUACAAACAACUGCUAUUUUUCAAUGUUGAAGAGAUUCUAGGUGUUGGUUGUAUUUAUUCAUGCAUUGACACGUCUGCCAAACGCAUCUAGGCUUCCUGGCAGUCUAACAUAGAAACCAGUGAAGGAAGGACAAGAUCCAGAGGAAGGGGAAAGAAUAAAAGAGCAUUUGAGAAGCUUCUAUGAUCAGUAUGAUAAUGAUAUAUUUCAACCCAGCAGUUGCUGAAACAACCUGUAGUGAGAAUCAUGUCUGUAGUUUUUAGAUGUGCUCCACAUCGGUAAAACUAUUAACUGUAUAUUUUUGUGAUGUGCAUCAUUACAGUGUGCUCCAAACAAUAUGUCCAUUUGUGUAAAUGUAUUUAUUUUACAUUGUAUAUAUUGUUCAAUGCAAAAAGAGAGACCUAUGAUUCUGUAACUACGAUCAGUUCAGAUGUGUAACUCCAAUUAUGCCUUUCAGGAUAAUAGUAGAGCAAUAUUAAACAUGCUUCCAGUUU